AUGUCGAUUUUGAAGUUGCCUCAAUAUUAUCUAUUGCUUCCCCGUAAGAUCAAGAAGAUAUUGCUCUAUCGGUUCCUAUUUGCCACAUUACUCUGCUCAUGGCUGGAUUACCAGAUGCUGACGAUCUUCGUAUCCAUCAAUUUGUUUGAGGUGAGGCGUCCACUGGUUUCCCUCACCGAAAUCCUGCGAUGGACUCUGUUUUCGGUGUAUUCCUCGGUAGCAAUGUUGCUCAUACGAUUGAGCAUGAUGGGGUUUGGCUUGGUAUUAUGCCACACACAUUAUGUCUAUCCCCGAUGCUAUGGAUAUAAUUUGUUGAGACUAACUUACGAGUUUCCUAAAAGGUUUUGCCUAAUUUCAUCGAUACUCUCUAUAACCAUUGCGACAAGCUGGCUUUAUGCAUCCUUUGUGGACUUGAACAAUAGGAAUCAGUUGCUGGGAGGGUCCUGGUAUUACCUCAUGACCUUUGGCUGCUUUUGUGGGAUUGCCUAUUACCAUAAGUGUCAUAAAAUAUGUCUUCGCAGAUUCCCCUUGCCCAUUGUGCAUUUGGAUAUGAAGGAGUGUCUGCUUCAAAGCUGGUGUCACCAAUUAAAGAGUUCUGCUAAAACGGCUCUCGUUCCAACGUUAUUGUUUGCCCUGAUCUACUGGCCAACCAUGGGUUUCCUGGAAACUAGCGAAUUAGGCGGAGUGAGCACUGGAUGUUUUGUUAUUAUAACGCAACCACAACGACUUUUCCAAGCUUGGUUGCUAGCCACCUUGAUCCUGGCCAAAUUGCAUAUAAUUCGGGAACUUUAUGGCCUGAUUAUGCAGCGCAAACUAACAAUGAUUUGUGAUUUAAGAGAACUGCACGAGCAUAUAGAUAUCAAUCUAUUCAAUCUGAUAUGGGAGCGCUUUCAAUACUUUUUCUACAUGAUGCAAAUGAAACCGAUGCCCAUGGAUGUGCAACGCUAUAACCUUUCAUUGCCAAUUGCCAUGGCUCUGGACACUACGGAAAUCUAUGGCUUUCAAUUGCUGGCAGCCCGUGAUUUUUAUGCCGCCAUGUCGGGCAGCUUGUGCAAUGAAUUGUUCAAAAAACGGUUUUGCCAAAGAAAUCGACAUUGGGCUGAGUUACGGGACGUUGUAUUGGGAAUGCUAGAUCAAUUUCUGACCAGGAUCGAGUCCUGUUUGGAGCCGACUCCGCGCAUUAAGGUCUGCCAUUUGCUGAAAAACAAGAAUCCCAACGAGCCACGAAUUCGUUCUUUGGUGAAAAAAACUCCUGCACCACGACGCCUUUGUGUCCAUAGCACCUGGAAUGGCUUAUGGCUUCGAUUGGCAGUUGCUCCGCAGUACUAUAGCUUUUUGUACGAAGCAGAUCAGCUGGCCAAGCUGAAUCAUGAGCUGCGGUGUGGGGAACCACUAGUUUGGAUCCUUCAAGGACUCGUCAGCAUUUGCGUAAGAUUCCCGAAUGAAGACAAAUUCAGAUACCCUCCGUGCGAUCUGGAACGCAUUCUGGUGUAUUUGUUGAGGGUGGAGGAAAAGCUGAUCGCGGCUAAGGAGAUGCAGGUGCGAGGAAAACUAUGCUCUAGCCAUGAUCAUUUAAUGAUGGCCAUAAACCGCUGUUUAUACAAAAUGCUGUUUACCUUUGGCCCACAUUUGGAUUGCAUUUUCGACGAUGUAAAUUUGAGGGCUACAUUUAAAAGGAGAAUGGAGUUGAUACCCUAA